AUGUGCGGCAUCGUUGCGUACUUGGACCUCAACGGCGGGUCCACCACGCCCGUGGACUUGACUGCUGCCCUCGACCUGCUGCACCACCGCGGCCCCGACGGCCAAGGCGUCUGGCACGACGCGUCCGUCGGUCUCGGCCACGUGCGCCUCUCGAUCAUGGACGUGGCGCACGGUCAGCAGCCGCUUCACGCCAGCGGUGUCCACGCCGUAAUCAACGGCGAGUUUUACGACUUUGAAGCGAUUCGUGACGACCUCUGCGCGCGCGGCCACGUCUUCUCGACGCAGAGCGACUCGGAGAUUCUCGUGCAUCUCUACCACGAGUAUGGUCUCAACUGCGUCGAUCACCUCCUUGGCGAGUUUGCUUUUGUGCUCUGGGACGCCAACUUGCAGCGUCUUUUGGUCGGUCGCGACCGGCACGGAAUCAAGCCUCUCUUCUACACGCAGUUUGACAACAAGCUCGUGAUUGCGAGCGAGGCCAAGGCUUUUCUUGGACUCGGGUGGCAGCCGCAGUGGGACGUCCACUCGAUCGUCAACAGCGGGCACUACGCUGAUGACCGCACGAUCUUCAAGGGCGUCUCCAAGAUCCCGCCGGGACAAAUUCUCACGGCGACGCCGUCCGGCUCCAUCAAGCUUGAGCGCUACUUCAGCCCGUCGUUUCCCGAUCGCAACAUUGAGGAUCCCCGCUCGAUCGAGGAAAUGGUCGACGGCGUCCGGACGCGUCUCGUGGACGCCGUGCGCGCGCGCCUCCGAAGCGACGUGCCCGUGGCCGUCUACCUCAGCGGCGGCAUCGACUCGUCUGCGGUUCUUGGUGUCGCCUCGAGCAUCUUGCGUGAGACCGACCCGGACGCACGCAUGGAUGUCUUUACGAUCGCGUUCUCGGACAAGGAAAUCGAUGGUGUCAAGUACAACGAGAGCGAUGUCGCGGCACGAACGGCCGAGUUUGUGCAAGCCAACUCGCACGUGCUCCACGUCACGCAGGAGGACCUCACGGGUGCCUUUGAAGACGCCGUGUGGCAUUGGGAAGCCGCCAUGAACGACUUUAACGGCGCGGCCAAGUUUUUGCUCUCUCGCUACGUCCGCGAUGCGGGCUACAAGGUGGUGCUCACAGGCGAGGGCUCGGACGAGCACUUUGCCGGCUACACCAUGUUCUAUCCCGACCUCUUCCGCAUGGACACGACACCGCCCGCGAUCCCGCGUCCCAUGCGCGAGAAGAUCCUCGCGACGAUCGAGUCGGCCGACGAAAAGAUGUGGAGCGGUAUCGGGAGUCUCCAGUUCUCGUACACGGACUGCGUGAAGGAGCGCGCGCUCCUGAGCGGUCUUAGCAUCCAUCGCAUGCUGGCGACGAUCGCGGGGCUGCCCGCGGAUUUGUACAAAGCUCCGCUCAACACGAUCUCGAACCCGACGCAAGCGUUUGCAGCCGCGCUGUCGGGCGAAGAGCGCAAGCUCGCAGCGACCAAGUGGCACCCGCUCCACACAGCGCUGUGCCUCGAGACGCGCUGUGUGUUGCCCAACAUGCUCUGCAACCAGCUCGGCGACCGAAGUGAGAUGGCGCACUCGAUCGAGGGCCGCGUUCCGUUCUUGGACCACCGGCUCACGACGUACGUCAACGACUUGCCGCCCCAAGUGAAGCUCCACGUCGACCCGGUGACGGGCAAGAUCACCGAAAAGUGGAUCUUGCGCCAAGCCAUGCGUCCGUACAUCACGGACGAGCUCUACACGAUUGCGAAGAAGCCGUUCUUUGCGCCGCCGGCCCAGUUUGACCCGGACUGCGUCCAGUGGCAGUUUCUGAGCCGCCACAUUACGCGCGAGGCGGUCGAGAACCUCGGCUGGAUGAACUGGGCGUUCGUCGAACAAACGAUCGCCGACUACAAGGGCGACAACGUCCGCCGCGCGCAAAACAUUCUCAACGUCGUCGCGUCGUUCAUCGUGCUGAGCCAAAAGUUUGACAUUCCGACGUACGUUCCGCCGUCCCCGUAACCAAUUCCAUCAACACGAC